AUGGAUGUGAACCAAGCAAGUAUUCAUUAUGAAAAACUUAUGGAGGAAUACAAAGAAUAUAUUAAAACAUUUGAUUCAAUAUAUAAAAUAGAUUCUGAUGAAAUAAACUCAACAAUAGGAUUGUAUAAGAAAAUUAAAGACAACUUAAUUGAUUCCGGAUAUAUAACACCACAGAGGAUCAUUGACAUUUUAAGUCUCCUUGGAAUGAAUAGAUUACGUUAUCGUCAUGCAUACUUAGAAUUAAUAAAGAGAUUGUUUGAAGAAUAUCCAUGUGAAACCACUUAUGAAACAUUACUUCUUUUUUCAACUGAUAGAAAUCUGGCAGACACACAUUAUUUGGCAAUAAUAAAUGAUGCCGUUGAAGCAUUACUAGAAUCCAUGAAUAGAGGAAGUCAUGAUCUCCAACAUUUGCUUUAUAGAUGUUGUGCUGAUGGAGCAAUUAAUUGUUUCAAGUUAUUAAUAACAAAUUUUGAUGUGAAUAUUACCAAAGACUGUCUAGAUAUUUCAUUUUUUAGUAACAAUCAAUUCAUCAUAAAUGAAUGUUUGAAAGAACAAAAACCGGAUUUAGGCACAAUGGCAGCUGCGAUUGAAUCUCAUAAUAUCGAUAAUCUUUUUAAAUUGAUGAAUGAAUACAAUAUAAGUAUUAAGCCAGGUAUGACUGCUCAUUACUAUAACCUUCAUGCUUUAUUUCUUUACUUCAAUCAAACUAAUGAUAUCAACUCGUGUUUUGCAUUUUCCCCUGCUUUUGGUAUUCUAUCUCUUUGUAAAUACUUGCAUUUGCAUGGCGCAAAUAUUAACUACAAAAAUGUAGAUGAUGAAAACGCUCUUAUUGUUGCAGCUGUGGAAAAUAAAACAGAUAUUUCAGAAUAUCUAGUUCUGAAUGGAAUCGAUAUUAAUGUGAUAAAUGGAAAAUUUGGAUCUGCAUUAAAUAUUUCCUUGAAUAGGAACAAUACUGAAUUGGUGGAGUUACUUGUUUCGCAUGGGGCUGAUAUUAACUUUACUAUUCAAAAUAUUUUCACACCACUUCAGUAUGGGGCCUUAUUUAAUAAUAAAAAAGUUGUUGAAACUCUAAUUUCGCAUGGUGCAAAUAUAAAUGACAAGACGACUGAAAGUGGUCGCACAGCUAUUCAUUAUACCGCGCUAUUUAAUCUUAUAGAAAUGGAACAAUUUCUUAUUUCACGUGGCGCAAACAUCAAAAUAACAGACAAAUAUGGAAAUAAUGCUAUUGUUUGGGCAUUAUUAUAUAAUUACAAAUAUUAUUUGAAUUAUCGUCUAGAAAUAUUCCCUAUUUAUUUUAAAGAUUCUUUUAAAUUUGAAAGCAAUAACAAAGAUUUGAUUGAACUUCUGAUUUCAAAUGGUGUAAACGUCAAUGCAAAAAAUAUUCAUGGAAAUACUCCUCUUCAUAUAGCAGCAUUAUUUUCCAAUGUGGAAAGCGCUGAAAUAUUAAUAUCUCAUGGUGCCGAAAUAAAUUCUCUAAAUAAAAAUGGUCAGACACCUCUCGAUAUUGCUAUUAUGCGUUCCAAAAAUGAAUAUGAACGUUUUAUCAAGCUACAUCAAAAUGAAACGAAUUUAAAGAGGGAAAAUGGCCAAAAAUUGUUCGAUUCUUUGCCGGAGAACGACAUGGAAGUUCUCUUAAAGUUACAUGGUGGAAAAUCUAAUUCUAUCGGUAAUUCAAUAGCAGUUGAUGACCUAAAUGUACUAGGUGAGUUCAUCCGUUUGAGACCUACCGAAUACGUGUUAGAUGCUAAGAAAUGCAUAAUAUUAAUAAGUAGUUUCAUUUUAUUGAUAAUUUUGUAUCGAAAAAUAACUAAUCGUUAUAUUUCUAUGUUUGUCAAAGCAUUAAUAUGGAUAAUUUCAGUAAUCAUUUUAGACGUUAUAUACUUCUUUUACAACGAUCAUUGGGGGACAUGA